CCCCAUAAAUAAGAACAGUGGCGAAAGAGAAAUUAACAGAAGCUGGGGGCAUAUGGCUAUAUGGUAAACUUGGUACAGAAUCAGAGUGGAUCUGCGCAGAAAGAAAAAACUUGAUAUAUAAGACACCAGCAGCUUCCUAUUGCAUUUGCAUCCUCAAUCUCAAUCCAUUUAUUUUGUAUAAAGUGAAGCGAAUUGGUGGAUCUGAAUCAGCAGCAGAGGGAGAUGGCGAUGGCGAGAGCAACUUCUGGUCUGCAAUACCCAGAGCGGUUCUACGCUGCGGCGUCUUAUGUGGGGUUUGAUGGAUCCUCUCCAACCAAAACCCUCACCUCCAAAUUCGCCAAGUCCACCGCUCUUCUUCUCUACAGCUUAUACCAACAGGCUAGUGUAGGACCUUGUAACAUCCCAGAACCCAGUACAUGGAAACUUGUGGAGCAUAGCAAAUGGGCCAGUUGGAACCAGCUUGGAAACAUGUCCUCCACUGAAGCUAUGCGUCUUUUUGUAAAAAUAUUGGAGGAAGAAGAUCCUGGUUGGUAUUCAAGAGCAUCUAACUCUGUUGUAGAACCUGUCAUAGAUGUGCAAAUGAAUCAGAAUUCCAAAGUUGAACCAGUAAUUGAGAAUGGGAACUCUUAUCCAGAGACAAAGACUAUUUCCACCCAAAAUGGAAGUGAAGUUGGAACACAGGAUAAAGAUAUUGUUGUGGAAGGCUUUGGUUCAGUUGAAGUAUAUGAUCAAUGGAUUGCACCUCCAGUAUCUGGAGGAAAUCCAAAAGCCCGAUAUGAGCAUGGAGCUGCAGUUGUGCAAGAUAAACUGUACAUAUAUGGUGGAAAUCACAAUGGUCGAUACCUUAAUGAUCUUCAUGUUUUGGAUUUGAGAAGUUGGACUUGGUCAAAGAUUGAAGCUAAGACUGGAGUUGAGUCCCCAACAACUUCAAUCCCUUGCGCUGGCCAUUCUUUGAUUCCAUGGGGAAAUAAGCUUUUGUCAAUUGCAGGGCAUACAAAAGAUCCUUCUGAAAGUAUCCAAGUGAAAGAGUUUGAUCUUGAAACAGCUGCAUGGUCAACUCUAAAGAUUUUUGGGAAAGCUCCGGUAUCACGCGGAGGCCAAUCAGUGAACCUUGUAGGGAAAACCUUAGUAAUUUUUGGUGGGCAAGAUGCUAAAAGGACUCUCUUGAAUGAUCUGCAUAUUCUUGACUUGGAAACCAUGACAUGGGACGAAAUUGAUGCUGUUGGGGUGCCACCUUCUCCAAGGUCCGAUCAUACUGCUGCUGUACAUGUGGACCGAUACUUACUUAUCUUUGGUGGGGGUUCGCAUGCAACAUGCUACAAUGAUUUACAUGUUCUUGAUUUGCAAACUAUGGAAUGGUCUCGCCCCACGCAGCUAGGAGAAAUACCAUCACCACGUGCUGGACAUGCUGGUGUGACAGUAGGGGAGAACUGGUUCAUUGUUGGUGGUGGUGACAAUAAGAGUGGGGUCUCUGAGACGGUUGUACUGAAUAUGUCUACACUGACUUGGUCAGUGGUAACUUCUGUUCAAGGACGAGUUCCGGUUGCCAGUGAGGGAUUGAGUUUGGUUGUAAGCUCCUAUGAUGGUGAAGAUAUACUUGUAUCUUUUGGAGGGUACAAUGGACGUUACAACAAUGAAGUCUAUGUUCUUAAACCAAGCCACAAAUCAACCUUGCAAUCCAAAAUAAUUGAAAAUUCCAUACCAGACAGUGUUUCAGCUAUCCCAAAUGUCACAAAUGUGGAGUCUGAAUUUGAAGCAGGCCAUGAUGCUGAUCCACCAGUAUGUAUUAUUGAUGCUGAUCCACCAAAAUCCAAAGGUGAUCUUGUAUCAGUCUUGAAGGCUGAGAAAGAAGAGUUGGAGUCAUCACUGAGCAAGGAGAAACAGCAUGCUCUUCAACUAAAGCAAGAUCUGGUGGAAGCUGAGUCUCGUAACUCUGACCUUUACAAGGAGCUCCAAUCAGUUCGUGGUCAGCUUGCAUCUGAGCAAUCGAGGUGUUUCAAACUCGAGGUGGAGGUUGCUGAAUUAGGUCAGAAGCUCCAAACGAUUGGGACAUUACAGAAGGAGCUGGAGCUUCUCCAGCGGCAGAAGGCUGCAUCAGAGCAAGCUGCCUUAAAUGCAAAACAGAGGCAGAGUUCUGGUGGCGUGUGGGGUUGGCUUGCCGGUACUCCUCCCCCUAGCCGGAAUGCAGAUGAUGCGUGAACCUCUUAACUGAAUACCAGUGCUACAUUACUUUUGGUUUCAUUCAGCCAAUUUUAUUUCCAAUAUUUACUGUGUAUUAAUUCAGUUCUUUUUUAUUGAUGUAAAUAAGAUUUAGCUUCUAUUUGGCCAAAGGAUUUUCCACACCGGAGAAUGAGGAUCAUGGUAUGGUAUAGUGCGUGUUACUCCAUUUUUGCUGAUGAUUAAAGUGAGAUACAUUAUUGAAUGAAUUAUUCUUUUUUUUUUUGUGAGAGCCA